AUUCCCAGAUUGCGACGAGCCAUAUCCUCGUCUUGUUGACCUCAAUUUAGCUGGGGAGCCCACAGAAGAGGCCCCAAUGGCAGUACAGAGGGAUUACGGUUUUUGGUGUCCUCGGGAGUUGAAAAUAGACCCUGACCUGGGUUACUCUUUCCUGAGGGUACGGGACUGUUCCCCUCCUUGCCCAAAUAUGUACUUCCGCCGCGAAGAGCUCUCCUUCGCUCGCUACUUCAUCGGAGUGAUCUCCAUCGUCUGCCUUUCUGCUACCUUGUUCACUUUUUUAACUUUCCUGAUCGAUGUCACAAGAUUUCGCUACCCGGAAAGACCGAUAAUAUUUUACGCCGUCUGUUACAUGAUGGUGUCGUUAAUUUUCUUCAUUGGCUUUUUGCUCGAAGACCGAGUAGCGUGUAACGCCUCGAGCCCUGCCCAGUACAAGGCUUCCACAGUGACCCAGGGCUCUCACAACAAAGCUUGCACCAUGCUUUUCAUGGUGCUCUAUUUCUUCACCAUGGCUGGCAGCGUUUGGUGGGUCAUCCUUACCAUCACGUGGUUCUUGGCGGCUGUGCCGAAAUGGGGCAGCGAAGCGAUCGAGAAGAAGGCGUUGCUCUUCCACGCCAGCGCCUGGGGCAUCCCAGGAACUCUCACCAUCAUCCUCUUAGCGAUGAAUAAAAUCGAAGGUGACAACAUUAGCGGCGUAUGUUUUGUUGGCCUCUACGACGUGGAUGCGUUGAGAUACUUCGUCCUUGCACCUCUCUGCCUGUACGUUGUGGUCGGAGUUUCCCUUCUGCUAGCUGGCAUUAUCUCUCUCAAUCGGGUUCGCAUCGAAAUCCCGUUGGAAAAAGAGAACCAGGACAAACUAGUGAAGUUCAUGAUCCGGAUCGGCGUGUUCAGCGUUCUGUACCUCGUGCCGCUGUUGGUUGUGAUCGGCUGCUAUUUCUACGAGCAGGCUUAUCGAGGCGUGUGGGAGACGACGUGGAUUCAAGAGCGCUGCAGAGAAUAUCACAUCCCUUGUCCCUAUCAGGUGAGGAACCCGGUAUGA